AUGCCGCAGCCCCGCCUGAUGCUGGUGGUCACCGGGGACGACUUUGGCUACUGCCCCCGGAGGAACCGGGGCAUCGUGGAGUGCUUUCUGGCCGGAGGCGUCUCCAGCGUGUCCCUGCUGGUCAACGCCGCCGCCGCCAAGGAGGCCGCACACCUGGCUAAAAGACACAAAAUCCCCAUCGGCCUGCACGCUAACCUGUCAGAGGGCUCUCCGGUGUGUGGAAGCCUCCAGAAAGUCUCCACCCUCCUCAACCCCCGGGGCUUUUUCCACGGAAAAAUGGGCUUCCGCCUGGCCCUGGAGAGAGGCCAGCUCGAUAUGAAACAGGUGGAGCUGGAGCUGAGGGCUCAGGUCCAGCAGUUUGUGGAGCUGACCGGUCACCUGCCUCACCACAUGGACGGACACCAGCACGUUCACGUGCUGCCAGAGGUGCGUGAGGUGUUUGCACACGUCCUCUCAGACCUCAGGAUCCUGUAUACUCGAGUUCCAGUGGAGCCCGGUUUGCAGAGCUGCCCCUGGCUGCCAGCAGAGCUCCAGAGGUUCUACUCGCAGGUGGGGAAGGACGCCCUGGACUCCGUUCCAGUUUUUAAACACUACGGAAUCAGGCUGCAGAGGGCCCUGGAGCUCGGCCUGGGGGCGGGGCCUGGGGAGGCUCCCCGGGGGGGCGGCGCGGGCCCGGGGGGGCCGGUGGCCACGGCCGAGCUCAUGGUCCAUCCGGGGUACCCCAGCCAGCCCGGGGAGGGCGGGUGUGGGGAGGGCCCCGACCAGUUCUCCCAGUCGGCCGACAGGCAGCACGAGAUGGGGGUGCUCAGUGACCCCGCCCUGCUGGACUUCUACCGCCAGCACAGCGUCCAGCUCUGUGGGUUCAGAGACCUCUGA